CGGGCCGGGCACUGCGAUGGGGGCGGGAGAGGGCAGCGAAGCCCUUGGGGCGGGGGUGGGUCAGGCACCGCGCUCGGUUUGGGGGCGUCCUCUGCCCUUGGGGUCCGCCGCGUUCGGUCACCGGGGUUCCCCCUCCGGCCUUGGCUCCCCCGAGCUUCCCGUUCCCCUCGGCUCCCCCGCUCCUGUGGCGUGUCCCCUCGUGCCGCGCCCCUCGGGGGUCUCCCCUCGGCUCCCACUGACCGGGCUCCCCGUGUUUGCCGCUGCAGACACCUCGCAAGCGGAGAGCGGCGGAUCUUCCGCGCUGUCUGGGGGGGCCGGAGCAGCUGGCAACCACGAGCACACGAGCACACCCACAGCGAACGGAAACGAGCAGAAUGACAAGAAGUCCAGCAGUGGUGACCCCCAAACAGGCACGAGCGGCACGGAUGAGAAGACGGCAGACAAACAGCAGGACAACAAUCCCACUGGAAAGGGCACCGAGGACGAGGAGAAGAAGAAAAAACAGUCCCAGAAAGGCACAGAGGCUGCUCAGGAUGACCAAGGUGCACACGGCAAUGGUGGAAGCAGCAGUGCAGCAGGGCAGCAAGGAGCUGUGAGCCAGAACAGCAACAGUGGUGACACAGGGAAAACAGGCAGCAGUGGGCAGGGGAACACAGCGGGCAGCUCUGCUGGCCAGGGCAGCACCAACAGUGCCACUGAUGGUCAGGGCAAUGCCAAGAGUGCCACUGAUGGCCAGGGCAAUGCCAAGAGUGCCACUGAUGGUCAGGGCAAUGCCAAGAGUGCCACUGAUGGCCAGGGCAAUGCCAAGAGUGCCACUGCUGACCAGGGCAGCACAGGGAGCAGCACUGGAGGCACGAGCAGCACAGGCAGUGGCACUGGUGUCCAGGGCAGCACAGGCAGUGGCACUGAUAGCCAGGGCAAUACAGGGACCAGCAUUAAUGGCCAAAGUGGCAGCCAGAACAACAUCAACAGUGGGCAGAAGAGUGUCAGCCAGAACGGCCAGGGUGGCAGCCAGGCAGGGGGCACCGAGAACGGGGGCAGCAAGGAGGGCAAGAGCAACAAUGACAAGGAUAGCAAUGGCAAAGAUGACAAUAAGAACACAAAUGGCAGCACCAAAAAGGACAACACCAACCAGAACAGCAACACCCAGGACGAAACCAACCAGAACAUCAACAAGCAGAACAGCAACAACCAGGACAACAGCAAGAAGGAGCAGGGCACCACUCAGGGCAGUGAUGGCAAGGACAAGAACACAAGUGGCAGCACCAACCAGAACAUCAACACCCAGGACAGCACCAACCAGGACCAUAGCAACACCCAGGGUGGCACCAGCCAGGGCAGCAGUGACAGGAACCAAGCUGGCAACGGGGCCAGCAGCCAAGGAGGGCAGCAGACCCAGGCUGAGAGCCAAGGCAGCGCUGCUGAUGAGCAGCCUCACGGCCAGGACGGCGCACAGAAGUCCCAGGAGGAGCAGAGCCCUGUGUCACAGCCAGCUCCCUCCCUCGGGGUGGGCGACAGCUCCUUGGAAAACGAAGAGAGCGCCGUGGAGGACGUGGCCAAGGCCGAGGAGGGCAGUGACACCUCCUUGGAUCUGCACAGGGACAAGAGUGUCCCCUCCCUGCCCAGGGCCCGCUCGGAGAGCAGCCACUUCUUUGCCUACCUGGUGAGCACAGCUGUGAUUGUGGCUGCCCUGUACGUGGCCUACCACAACAAACGCAAGAUCAUUGCUUUUGCUCUGGAAGGAAAAAGAUCAAAAACUGGUCGACGGCCCAAAUCUGGUGAUUAUCAGAGACUGGAUCAGAAGAUCUAGAUUCCUCCUCAGAUGAUGGCGGGGAUGCAGUGCUGCCACAGCUGGAUUCCAGUCCACGGGAAGGAGGGGAAAUGCUUUUUGUUUUGCACCUGCACCUUGAUAAAACCUCUCACUUCCCUAAAUUGCUCCUUUCCCAGCUGCCUUGUUUUCUCCCUGGGUGUCUGGCUGCUGGAAAAGCCAGACCCUGAACUUGUGUGUCCCGAUGCAAUGGAAUUUGCCAUCUGCUGGACUGAUCCCUCCUUCUGGGGGGAGAAAUUAAGGAUCUGCUGCACAAUGAGCCAUGGGACUGUCCCUUGCCUGGGAGCAAAGCUGCCUUGCUCUCCUCCUGCCCUCCUUCUCCACCUGCUGGGUUUGGAUGCUCGGGUUGGGAGCACGUGAGUUCUCUUGUGCUCGUUUGGAAUGGACCCAGCACAGACUCAGAUUUGGGUUUUCUCUCCCUGAUCAGCUUUCCCAGUCUCACACCCAGAUUCCCUUUUUCACACACACCUUUGGCCGUGCUGAAGCAGUUUUUGUAGCUCCUAAUUCGUGCUCCAUGCAGGUCUCUCCCCUCCCAGUGCUCCCAGUUCAGCUGUUACACUGGGGGUGUUGGUUGUGGUGGGGGGUUCAGGCUGGGGGAGCUCCGUGCCCUGUUGGGUCAGGGAUUCAGAUGGGAAGAUUGCUUCCUGCCCUUGUCAGGUGUAGGAAGGAAGGAAUGUAAAUCCCUGAGGAGUUUGGGAUGAGUGAAGCUCCCAGUCCCUCCAGUUUGGGCUGGUACUGGUCAGCCCAAGGGUUGGGGCCCCACUUACACCUGUGAGGUGCUUUUCAUUCCUGCAGUUCUACUCCCCAGAGGUUUCUGGAGAGGGCACAAAGUACCUGCUUGGCUCCUGCUUUGGAUUUUUCCAGGGGGAGCCCAGAGCUCCUCAGGUGGGCACCCAGCUGUGCCACAUCAGGUGCCAGGCAUGUGCCAGUCCCACACUUGCUGACUGACUGCACGGGAAGAGUCCCAGAAUGGUUAAAUUCCCUCCCUGGGGGGCUUUUUUUUUGGCCUUGCCAGGAUUGGGAACAAUCUCCUUGCCCUGUGGUCACCUUGGACAAGGGCAGAGCUGUUUCCUGGUCACUGUGAAAGCUGCAGCUCUACUUUUGAUUUCCUAAUGCUUCAUUCCAAGAGGGGAGGGAGGGCUUGGCCUUCUCCAAACCCUAAAACCAUCCUUUCCCUUUUUGCUGCCUCUUGGCAAGCUUGAGAGUCCCUCUUGGCUUUAAAGAGUUCUCAGGGUUUCCCUAGGAAACAUCUAGGAUGCUAAAAGGACUUCCAGGAGUUGUUUGGAGAGCAGGAGGGUGGAGGGAAGGGAAAGGGAAACAGGGCUGGGAAUGCAGCUCUGGGGAAAAAGGGUGGGAACCUCCUGCCCCCCAAAACACCCUGCAGAGCCCCUGAGGGAUCAGCCAGGCUUGGGGAGGGGACAGUGGCUUUUUGGACACAGCAGGGAGACAAACCCUGCUGCAGUGUGUGGGAUUCCUGGGCUGCUCUGGCCGGGGUUCUUGGAGUGUGUGCUCUUUUUGGAGUGUGAGUGCUCUACGCUUGCUUUGUCCUGGUUUGUGGUUUUUUUAAACUGAAUAAUGAUUUAGAAAGGCUUUCUGUUUUUUCAGCAUCUACUUUUCUGUCCUGGGAGCUGUUUCAAACCCUCUCUUGCACCAGGCUGUGGGAAUCCCACCCUGCUGCCAGCAGGGGAGGGAAUAUUUUGGACCUCAAGCAUCUGGAUCCCAGGCUGAGCCAAGCAUUCCUUAGGGUAAUGAGAGGGUCUGGGGAGAGGCACAUCUCACACCAGGCUGAAAUGUGGUGUUUUCCCCCAAAAUCUCCCCACCAGCACUUCCCAAGGGUGAUGUGUUCUGCCAACAGUCUGGGCUGCCCCAGACCUCUGGGGUUUGCUCCCAGUUUGUUGAGUUUUGUGGUGUUUAUGCAACGUGUCCCAAAGGAUCAAGGUGCACGGAACCUUUUCCCUUUGGACACACGUGCUUUCCAUGGAUGCUGUCUGUUGGUACAGAGGGGGUUUUUUGCCAAAUAUUCCUACUUUCUAGGCUUGAACCAGCACAUGAUUUGUUUUCUGCUGCAGUGCAAUGCACCUUGCUUGGAAGGAUCAGAAUUUUUUACAGUUCUUUGUACUGUUCUUUUUUAUUUUCCGUGUGGUGAAAUCAGCGAAUGGAUUAAAAAAGACCCAAAAGGUUGAGUUUUCA